ACCUCUGUGACGUCCAUGAGUUUGGACGGGCAGAUGUCCCCCUCCACACACACACACACACCGAGCGAGGACACACCCAGACGGAGCCGUGACGAAGCGCGCGCGCAGCUCCUCCGGCUGCGCCUGCAGGAGCUCUCGGCUGCGCAGAACUCGCGGCUGCGCUGCCCGCUGUGCGCUGCUGUUAGUCGGCGGGGAAUGGCCAUCGCCGCGCGGUCCAGGAGCGGGUUCUACCGGCAGGAAGUCAACAGAACCGUAUGGGAGGUUCCGGAGAGGUACCGGGACUUGAAGCAGAUCGGAACCGGAGCUUAUGGGACCGUGUGUUCUGCAUGGGACCGCCGCACAGGAGCACAGGUGGCCAUCAAGAAGCUACACCGGCCCUUCCAGUCCAAACUUUUUGCCAAAAGAGCCUACAGAGAGCUGCGGCUCCUCAAACACAUGAGGCAUGAAAACGUCAUCGGGCUCCUGGACGUUUUCACGGCGGAGAUCUCUCUGGAUCGGUUUCGGGACUUUUACUUGGUGAUGCCUUUUAUGGGCACCGACCUCGGUAAGCUAAUGAAGAUGGAAAAGCUGACGGAGGACAGAGUUCAGUUCCUUGUUUACCAAAUCCUGAAGGGCCUGAAGUACAUCCACUCUGCAGGGAUCGUCCACAGGGAUCUCAAACCUGGAAAUUUAGCCAUAAACCCAGACUGUGAAUUGAAGAUUCUCGACUUUGGUCUGGCGAGGCAGGCUGACGCAGAAAUGACCGGCUACGUGGUGACACGCUGGUACAGAGCGCCGGAGGUUAUCCUGAACUGGAUGCACUACACACAAACCGUGGACAUCUGGUCUGCCGGCUGCAUCAUGGCAGAGAUGCUGCUGGGAAAGCCGCUAUUCAAAGGGAGUGAUCACCUGGAUCAGCUGAGAGAAAUCAUGAAAAUCACUGGAACGCCGAGCCCUGACUUUGUUGUCAAACUGCAAAGCCAAGACGCUAAAAACUACAUCAGAAGCUUACCAAAAGUGCCAAAAAAGGAUUUGCACUACAUUUUCUCCAAAGCUAGCUCUAACGCUGUGUGCGUGCUGGAAAGAAUGCUGCUUUUGGACCCUGAAUGUAGAGCGAGCGCAUCAGAAGCACUGGAACUUCCCUUUUUUAACGAGUUCAGAGACAUAGAGGAAGAGACCGAAGCUCUUCCGUACGACCAGACCAUGGACAACACGGACCUGCCACUGGACCAGUGGAAACGUCACACAUUCACAGAGAUCCUGACCUUCAGGCCACCCAGAGACUCAAAAGGGACAUCGCUUUAAAGAGACUUAGUCGCACCCG